CACCUUGUGUAUUAUGUGUUGCAGGAUCUGUAUCAACAAGGAGCAAGGGCAUUCUGGAUACAUAACACGGCCCCAUUGGGUGCAUCCCAUUGCUCACCGCUUAGUCGAGGGAUUCCCUAAGACUCAGGAUCAACACAAAUGUUAUACGUUCAUGAACGAAAUGUCCAAAGAAUACAAUAGACAGCUCCAUGAAGCAGUGAACAAGCUAAGGGUAGAGCUCCCAAAUGCUGCCUUGACAUAUGUGGAUCUUAACACUCCGAUGUAUGAAUUGCUCACCGCUUACACGAAACUAGGUAUACAAAGGUACUUAUGAUGACGUACAUCGAACUCAGAGUGCAAGUCUAUGGCUUUCUAAUUGGGUGGUCAAACGGCUCGUUGUCAGAGCCACCGAUUCCGAUCAACUAUGCAUGUCGUAAGCAUGUGGG